AGUCCGUAUUUGGAACUGCUCUCGCGGCAGUUCAUACCUCGUGCUCGUCCCCCUUCCUCUGUCUGUGUGUGGUAUCCGCAGGUCCGAUCACUUUUUUUUCCGGGGUGUGUGUGUGUGUGUGUGUGUGUGUGUGUGUGUGUGUGUUUUGGGGGUUUGUCGGGGCGCGGAGAGGAGAGCCAGGCCGAGAGGAAGGAAGGAAGCCGCAGAGCUCCGGGUGUCGAGCUGAGUCUCCCCCCCCCCCCCCCCCCCCCCCCCCACCCUCCCGGCGCUCUCCAGCCUGCGCGCUCCGAGGCGGCCGUGGCGCUGAACGCUCCCGGCAGGGGACGCGGCCGCUGGAUCUGGGGAGCAGCAAGGACUCUGCGCCGAGGCUCCCUGUGCCCGCUGGAGUUUGGAUGCCAGGCCGGUUGAUUUGCACCUACUGAGCCCGGAGUUCCUCCUUGGCCCUGGGAAGGGCUCGUGGCGGCAGCAGAGGCAGACGGAAUAGCAGGCUCCCCACGCCCGGGCGAGGGUGGGGGGCGUCAGCGCCCGGCUCCAGCAGUCCCCCUCUGAGCCCCUGCGGUCCGCAAGCCUUCACCUCGGUGGCCUGCCCUUCUUUUCUCUCUGGGAUCCGACCCGCACGCCUCGGAUGCUCGGGGCCGCCCUGACGCGCGUCCCUCUCCAGUCUCCACGCCUUGAGUGACCCACGGGGGACCCGCGCUCGCCCCAGGAGGGGGCCCCCGACUUCGGGACCCCGCGCUGGACCCGCCGGGGAACCGACGAUGUCCGCGCAGCCCCGGCUUCUGACGCUGUCCACGCAGCGGGGGAAACGCGGCCGGCUGCAGCCCGCGGAGCCCUAGGCGCACAAAGCCCAAGCCCGCCGCCCGCACCGGCGCCCGCAGACGACUUUGUCGCCCGUUCGGCCCUUCUUUGUCUCCACUUGGGGCGGACGCCCGACUCUGGGAUUUCGCUGUGAAAGCGAGCUGGGGGGGCCGGGGGCGAGCUCUCGGUUCCCCGGCCGCCCCCCGCUCGGGCUCGGCUCCCCCCUUCCCCGCACCUCCCCGGCCCGGGUUCUCGGCGCUUCCACGGUGUCGGAAUCGCGACCCCUCCCUGCCAUGUAUCCGCAAGGCAGACAUCCGGCUCCCCAUCAACCCGGGCAGCCGGGAUUUAAAUUCACGGUGGCCGAGUCUUGCGACAGGAUCAAAGACGAAUUCCAGUUCCUGCAAGCUCAGUAUCACAGCCUCAAAGUGGAGUACGACAAGCUGGCGAACGAGAAGACGGAGAUGCAGCGCCAUUAUGUGAUGUAUUAUGAGAUGUCCUAUGGCUUGAACAUUGAAAUGCACAAGCAGACAGAGAUUGCGAAGAGACUGAACACAAUUUUAGCCCAGAUCAUGCCUUUCUUGUCACAAGAGCACCAGCAGCAGGUGGCUCAGGCGGUGGAACGUGCCAAGCAGGUCACCAUGACGGAGCUGAACGCCAUCAUCGGGGUACGUGGACUCCCCAAUCUGCCUCUUACCCAGCAGCAACUCCAGGCGCAGCACCUCUCCCACGCCACACACGGUCCCCCGGUCCAGCUGCCACCCCACCCAUCAGGCCUCCAGCCUCCUGGGAUCCCCCCAGUGACGGGGAGCAGCUCUGGGCUGCUGGCACUUGGCGCCCUGGGCAGUCAGGCCCACCUGGCAGUGAAGGAUGAGAAGAAUCACCAUGAACUGGACCACAGAGAGAGAGAGUCCAGUGCGAACAACUCUGUGUCGCCUUCGGAAAGUCUCCGGGCGAGUGAGAAGCACCGGGGCUCUGCAGACUACAGCAUGGAAGCCAAGAAGCGGAAAGCGGAGGAAAAGGACAGCCUGAGUCGAUACGACAGUGAUGGGGACAAAAGUGAUGAUUUGGUAGUGGAUGUCUCUAAUGAGGACCCAGCGACACCCCGGGUGAGCCCAGCACACUCGCCUCCUGAAAAUGGACUGGACAAAGCCCGUGGCCUGAAGAAGGAUGCCCCCACCAGCCCCGCCUCGGUGGCCUCUUCCAGCAGCACACCUUCAUCCAAGACCAAAGACCUUGGUCAUAAUGAUAAAUCCUCCACUCCUGGGCUCAAAUCCAACACACCAACUCCAAGGAAUGAUGCCCCAACUCCAGGCACCAGCACAACCCCGGGGCUCCGGUCCAUGCCAGGCAAACCUCCGGGCAUGGACCCGAUAGGUAUAAUGGCCUCGGCCCUGCGCACGCCCAUCUCCAUCACCAGCUCCUAUGCGGCACCCUUUGCCAUGAUGAGCCACCAUGAAAUGAAUGGCUCCCUCACCAGCCCGAGCGCCUACGCCGGCCUGCACAACAUCCCACCCCAGAUGAGUGCGGCUGCGGCAGCUGCUGCUGCUGCCUAUGGCCGAUCGCCAAUGGUGAGCUUUGGAGCUGUUGGUUUUGACCCUCACCCCCCAAUGCGGGCUACAGGCCUGCCCUCGAGCCUUGCCUCCAUUCCUGGAGGGAAACCGGCGUACUCCUUCCACGUGAGUGCUGAUGGGCAGAUGCAACCCGUGCCUUUCCCCCAUGAUGCGCUAGCAGGCCCUGGCAUCCCCAGGCAUGCCCGGCAGAUCAACACGCUCAGCCAUGGGGAGGUAGUAUGUGCCGUGACUAUCAGCAACCCCACUCGGCACGUCUACACAGGUGGCAAGGGCUGUGUGAAGAUCUGGGACAUCAGCCAGCCAGGCAGCAAGAGUCCCAUCUCCCAACUGGACUGCCUGAACAGGGACAACUACAUCCGCUCCUGCAAACUGCUUCCAGAUGGGCGCACACUCAUUGUGGGUGGAGAGGCCAGCACGCUCACCAUCUGGGACCUGGCCUCCCCGACGCCUCGCAUCAAGGCCGAGCUGACGUCCUCAGCCCCCGCCUGUUACGCCCUGGCCAUCAGCCCUGAUGCCAAAGUCUGCUUCUCCUGCUGCAGCGAUGGAAACAUUGCCGUGUGGGACCUACACAACCAGACACUGGUCAGGCAGUUCCAGGGCCACACAGAUGGAGCCAGCUGUAUAGACAUCUCCCAUGAUGGCACCAAACUGUGGACUGGGGGCCUGGACAACACCGUGCGUUCCUGGGACCUGCGGGAGGGGCGGCAGCUACAGCAACAUGACUUCACCUCCCAGAUCUUCUCGCUGGGUUACUGCCCCACUGGGGAGUGGCUGGCCGUGGGCAUGGAAAGCAGCAACGUGGAAGUCCUGCACCACACCAAGCCUGACAAGUAUCAGCUCCAUCUGCAUGAGAGCUGUGUGCUGUCCCUCAAGUUUGCCUACUGUGGCAAGUGGUUCGUGAGCACUGGGAAAGACAACCUUCUCAAUGCCUGGAGGACGCCCUACGGAGCCAGCAUCUUCCAGUCUAAAGAAUCCUCGUCUGUCUUGAGUUGUGAUAUUUCAGCGGAUGACAAAUAUAUUGUAACAGGCUCUGGUGACAAGAAGGCCACAGUUUACGAGGUCAUCUACUGAACAAGGACUCUAACAGGGCUGUCAAACUCUGGGAGACACCCACGCGGCUCUGAUAGGGAGACGCAGGCCAGGCCCCAAGGAUGGCAGAGGAAUGGGCGAGCAGCGAGCUCUGUGGGGCUGCACUCUGGAGGGCAGAGAGGAUGGGCGCCCCUUCGUGGCCUGGGCUCCUGGGCAUGAACUGAUGUGUCUGAGAGACUCAGAUGGACUCUCUCCUCUCCCCCUUACGAGUGCUGGCAGAUGCUUCAAAUAGACUUACCUGGAGGCUUCUGUCCCCGUUUCCCCCCACAGACACCCUCAUGAGUCUCCGUCUCUUUCUCCCUUUUUUCUGACCUGUCCCCUCCACACCCUGGGUGGGGACACUGGAGUAGACCACAUUGAUAUUCUGGGAGGGGUGUCUUGUUCCUGAUUGUGCAGUGCACAAGGUUUGUGAAAAAUGUAAAUAAGAGAGUGCGGUUGCCGACUGGCCAGUGGGAGAGGAGGCCCCUUCCCACCGAAGCUGUGUAUUUUGCCUGCUGUAUUUGUAAUCCACUCGUGGUGGUGGCUUUUUUUCUUUUCUUUUUUUUUAAACAGAUGUUCCCAUGGGCUAGGGAGGGCAGGAAGAGGAAGAGGGGUAUAAAACGAGAAACUUCCUGGGAGUGGGUGAACAACCUGACCACCAGGGACGAGCACACCUCCAUACGGGUUUGAGUACCAGCCAGGGCAUGUUAGAUGGAGUACCAAGCAGGCAGGCAGAAGGACAGACAGACUGAUAGGUAGUAAUGGGAUGGGCCAGCCUGGGCCGCCACCCACAGGAACAGCGAGGAUUUCCUGUGGGUUCCUCUGCCCUGUCUGCCUCACCAUCUCUCACUCUCUCAGGCGUCUAUCCAUCUCUUGUCGCCCUGGACCCCAUCUUUCUCUUUGGUGCACACUUAGUCACUGCAAUGAGAAAUGGAGGUUCAAGGGAAACCCCCUCUCUGACUCCCCAGUACAGCCUAGAAAGGAUACCAUGUUAGAGGGGGAACAAAGCAACUCAGCUCAGGGAGCUACCAGAGGAAAACAGCAACUGGUGUGGGUGCUUUUAUUUUUAUUUUUAAUUUGAAUAAAAAGAAUUAGAAGUGAUAUCCUUUCAUAAAAUGCCUUCUCCCCUUCUCUGCUUUCAGCCCCUUCCUCUCUUCAAAGUGGGGGGAAAUGGUAAACCACAUGGUUGUAGAGUCUGAAAGUCUGCCUUUGGGCAGGGCAGUGGACUGGGAGCUGGGCUGGGGGACACAGCCUGGUGCACUGUGGUGACUUGCAGCUAUCUGUAGGCUCAGGCAGAUUACAGGUAGAAUGUAAUCUGCAGGUACCACCUUUUGGUACCAAUGUUCGAGGUAUUAGGAUUGUUUUGUUUUUGUUUUUUGUUGUUUUAUUAAAGAAAAGCUAAAGGCUGUGUGAGCUCUGCUGGUGAGCUCUCCAUGGAUGUAGCGUAUGGAAGAGUUUUUAUACUGCAUUUUUAUGGAUUAUUUUAUAAUGUGGGACUUGGUGUAGAAAGAAAGGGCUUCCUGUGAAAUCUGCCCAUCUCCAGGUGCUCCUGAUGAGCAGCUGUCCCCAACACGACAAAUCUGGACAUGAAGUGGGCAUGGCACCUUUGGUGAGGUGUGUCCAGAGUUUGUCCGUCUGUCUGUCUCUGGGUCUCAAAUGGUCACCGUCCACCUCUUGUUAAGGCUGUAGCCAGAAGAGGUGAUGAGGGUAGAAGAAAGUUAUUCCUGAAGAAAAAAAAAAGAAAAUUGAAAAGUCAUUGUAAUGAGCUGUUUUUAUAUUUUUAAAAGUUGCUAUUUAAAGGUU